GGGCCAUGGACGACACAGUCAGUUGAGUCGAUUCCCUUGACCGGAGGAGAAGAGAACACGGGAGACCGAGAGUCCGAGAAGCUUGCUGUGAGGAAGAUGAGCAGGGUGUGCGUCACCGGAGCCGCCGGCUACAUCGCGGCCUGGCUCGUCCGCAAGCUUCUGGAGCGAGGCUGCGUCGUCCACGCCACCUUGAGAUCCCUCCGGGAUGAGAAGAAGACAGGGCUGCUGAGGUCGCUCCCCAGCGCGGCGGAGCGGCUGGUGCUGUUCGAGGCGGACAUCUACGACGCCGCCUCCUUCGAGCCGGCCAUCCAGGGCUGCGAAUUCGUCUUCCUCGUCGCCACCCCGCUGCUGCACGACUCCAGCAGCACCAAGUACAAGAACAUAACGGAAGCGAUCGUGGACGCGACGCGCAUCAUCCUGCAGCAGUGCGAGCGGUCCAAGACGGUGCGGCGCGUCAUCCACACGGCCUCCGUCACGGCCGCCUCGCCGCUCAAGGAGGACGGCGACGGGUACAAGGACAGCAUGAACGAGUCCUGCUGGUCGCCGCUCAACCUCUCCUACGGUUACAGCAACGUUCACCUCGACGCGUACGUGUCGUCCAAGCGGCUGUCGGAGGAGGAGCUGCUGGGGUACAACGACAAGUCGGAGGGCAGGGCGUUCGAGGUGGUGACGCUGGCGUGCGGGCUCGUCGGCGGCGACACCAUCCAGCCCAUCCUGUGGAGCAGCAUCCCCGUGGUGGUGGCGCCGCUCACCGGCAACGAGAUGCACCACAACUCCCUCAAGUUCAUACAGGCGCUCUGCGGCUCCGUGCCGCUGGUGCACAUCGAGGACGUCUGCGAGGCGCACCUCUUCUGCAUGGACCAGCCGUCCGUGGCCGGCCGCUUCCUCUGCGCCGUCGGGUACCCCAACAUGGAGGACUACCUCGCCCGCUUCGCCGCCCGCUACCCGGAGCACAAGAUACUGCUCAAGAAGGUGGCGGGAGAGGGGGUGAGGGUGAAGGGUGAUUCGAGCAAGCUUGUGGAUCUGGGAUUCAGGUUCAAGUAUGGUGUGGAGGAGACGCUGGACUGCAGCGUGGAAUGCGCCAAGAGGAUGGGAGAGCUCUGAUGUGUGAUGCCGUCGAAAGAAAAACCCAGGGAAAACCAAACUUUGGAUUUGAAUGCAGCCCGCAUGAGUUUGAAGUAUGGUCUUCUUUUUUCCGGUUGUUCAUUGUGUAAUGUGUCCCCGUUGUUGUUAUUAGUAUAUGUUUUCUCGCCAGUUGCAAUGUAUUGCUUUCUUUUUGGUUUAUAAGGCUUAUUAUGCAUAUCA